GACUCAGCUCCCGGGACACGGCCAGUGCCCUGCCGGGUGUGAGAAUGGACUGCUCUGCAUGGCUACAUGGGCCACUGGUAAAUGCUUGCUUUCAUUAAGAAAUUUUUGAACAGAAAAUAUUUUUCUUAGGCAGCGUUUUGGAUUGGCAGGGAAAUAAAAUGCACAGCGGUUCCCUUCCCCUCUCCCACGUUCAACUUCUUCCCAAAUCCAGGCAUUGCAAGGAAUUUACCCCAAACGCCCUCUGUGACCUCGGGGCGGGAUUGCAAACCCUGCACUAGUGGGUUCGGCCGGGAAAGGGGGAGGGAUGGUUGGCCAGGUUUAAUAGGAGCUUUGUGGAAUCAGCAGAGCAGGAGACAGACUUGCAGGAGCAACAAUCCUCCUGCUGGAAUCUCCUAUGGAGAAGUCGCGUCUUCACAGCAGAGCCAAAUGAAAGCUUCAGUGUUUCAAGGGGAAACUUUAUUUAAGGUCAGUUUCUUGCAGGGGAGUAUUCAGAUUGGCGAUGUUUGUUGCUAGUAUUGACACUAAACCUUCACAUACAUAGUUUGUUUAAUAAUUAACCCAAUUUGAUGCUCAUUGGCCAUCGCUUCUGCUGAAGCAAGCCCACCAACCUCCUGGAAAUCGAAUGGGUAGAGUUUUCUCAUGUCCUAGCUAAUUUCUAAUCAAAGUAAACAAAUGCCAACAGGAAACGUCUUGUUUAUGGAACUGAUAGAAGGGUUGUGUUGUGUAGUUCAGUGAAUACGUGUAAUACAACAAAGGAAAACUGCCAGAAAGGACUGGGGACACAUCUGGGAUGGAGUGCAGUAAAUCAGUCUGUCACCUUGGAGAUUCAUGUUUUCUUGGCCUUCCUGAGGAGGGAAAAGUCUGACUAAGCCAGAAUGCCCCUGGCCAUACAUACAAAAGCUCUGCCAUUGAGCUAGUAAAGCAAGGCUUGUGCUUUUGCUGCACUCCGACUCUUCUAGAAUUGCUCGCAUGGAAUCCCAGAGCUUGGAGAUGCGCACCGGCUUGGCUGCUCGCUAACCGAAAGCUGAAGGUCUCCCAGCCUAUGUGCAGAGAACAGAAUGCGGGUCACCAUGAGGCGAGUGUUGCUGGGGCUUGGCUUUGCUGUUGCCCUGAUGGUGACUGUGCACCUUGGCCAGCAGAUGUUGGAGUGCCAGGCGCUGCUGGGCGAGGGCUAUGGCAAGCGGACACGUGGGCUGAUGAGACCAGAAAACGAAGAACUGGUUCUGGUGGACUCCAGUCGCAUCGAGUACCGGUACAGCAAGGAGAUGCCGCUGAUAUUUAUCGGUGGGGUCCCGCGGAGCGGCACGACUCUCAUGAGAGCCAUGCUGGAUGCGCAUCCAGAGGUCCGCUGCGGAGAAGAGACUCGCAUUAUUCCCCGGGUGCUGGCCAUGCGCCAGGCCUGGUCCAAAUCUGGGCGCGAAAAGAUGCGCUUGGAUGAAGCGGGAGUGACGGACCAAGUCCUGGACGCUGCCAUGCAGGCGUUUAUCCUGGAAGUCAUUGCCAAGCAUGGGGAGCCAGCCAGAUAUCUAUGUAACAAGGACCCCUUCACUUUAAAAUCCUCUGUCUACCUUUCCAGGCUCUUUCCCAAUUCCAAAUUUCUGCUGAUGGUUCGAGACGGCCGGGCUUCUGUCCAUUCCAUGAUCACAAGGAAGGUGACGAUUGCAGGCUUUGACUUGAACAGCUACCGAGACUGCCUCACCAAGUGGAACAAAGCCAUCGAGGUGAUGUAUUCGCAGUGCGUAGAAAUUGGGCAGUCCAGGUGCCUGCCAGUCUACUAUGAGCAGCUAGUGCUGCACCCCGAGCAGUCCAUGCGUGUCAUCAUGCAGUUCCUAGACAUUUCCUGGAGCGACGCAGUGCUGCACCAUGAAGAAUUAAUAGGGAAACCAGGCGGAGUCUCUCUUUCCAAGAUAGAAAGAUCAACAGACCAGGUUAUUAAGCCUGUAAACUUGGAAGCUUUGUCCAAAUGGAUCGGGCACAUUCCAGGGGACGUAUUGCAAGACAUGGCCCAGAUAGCACCAAUGCUCGCUAGGCUUGGCUAUGACCCAUAUGCAAAUCCACCCAACUAUGGCAACCCAGACCCCUUGGUAAUCAACAACACCCAGAGGGUUAUGAAGGGGGAUUUUAAAACACCAGCCAAUCUGAAAGGACGUCUUCAGGUGAGAGCGCCCAGUGACUCCUCUGGGCUAGACCUUCAUUUCGGAUGGAUCUGUGGCAUGUCUGGUCCCUCACAUGAGGGCAGCAGCUCCGUCCUUGGGAUACCUGACUCACUUGCAUCUCCUGCUUCAGUCCAUCCAAAUCUCCACUGCACAGUUGUUCCUCUCUCGUCGUGCUGAUCAUGUCACACCAACCCCGGAUCUUUUCACUGGUGUCCUGUCUGGCUGCAUGAAAUUUUAGCUGCUGGCAUCGCUAUCCAAGCCCUGCAUACACUCAUGCCCGCCCCACCUCCCCGCCUUCCUGCUAAUGUUAUUUUCUCUCGCUUCUGGCUUCUUGCUUGCACUGGGGUGUCUGUGCAUUCAUCUGACAAACACACUUCUGCUGCCUCUAAUCCCUCUGGAGAUGCUCUUCUCCCUGGGGCCCCUGACUCUUGAACUGCUGUUCUGGGUCUUGCUACAUGUGGAGUGGGAAGAGGGAGGAUGUCCGUCUAAUCUAGAGAGUGUAAAUGUCCCAGAACAUGGCUUCUGGUUCUAAUAGUUCUCUCAGUGUAGAACUGUUUCAUGUGUCACUAAAACCGUUCCCUUUGCACGGGCGUACAAUCAGGAAGUACUUUACGAUUUGGUGCAAUCACAAUGGCACUAGAGAUGAAGAUCAAAGAACUUUAAACCCUUAUCCCCCUAGAAAAUACUGCCUAAAUAGAUAGGACACAACAAAUAUAAGGAAGGACUUUUUCACACAAUGCACAACCUGUGGAACUUGUUGCCAGGGGAUGUUAUGAAGACCAAAAGUAAAACUGGGUUUUAAAAACAAAUUAUAUAAGUUCCUGGCGGAUAGGUGGAUGGCUGUUAGCAGAGAUGGUCAUGGAUACAAUCCCGUGCUCUGUGUGUCCCUAAACCUGUUACGGCCAGAAGCUGGGGCUGGAUGAUGGGAUGGAUCACGAGAUACAUUACCCUGUUCUGUUCAUUCCCUCUGAAGCCCCCGGCACUGGCCACUGUCAGAAGACAGGAUGCUGGCUUAGACAGACCAGCACAGGCAUUCUCAUGUUCUUAUGACCCACAAUAGCCUAAUGGUCAACACACUAGGGCUGUGUCCAAGCAAGGGGCUUGGGAAACCAAGACUGCCUAUUUAAUAUGGGAACUGUUAAAGUAAGCAGUGAUUUCGGCUGUCCCAGUAGCGUGUGGGGAGAGAGGCACCCCUCAGGUAGCCAGCAUUAAAAGCAUUUUGAGAUUCACAAGUGGAAAACCAUUGCUUUGAAUUGCCAGACUCAGAAACGAGUGCAGCCUGCCGUGCACGGGUGUAAUUGUGCUCCCUGCAAGAAGCACCAGCUGCCGAUCCUGAAUGGCUGUCAGGUGGAGUCCCAUGUAGAAUGCAUUGCAGUGAUGAAGAUCUGGGUCACUGGGGAAGCCUACCUAUCACAGGCGAGGUGGCAAUCUCCUGGCAAAAGCGCACUCUCAACUCACUCUGAGAAGUGCGGUGGGACAGUUUGUGUUUUGUAUGUGACUUAAUACUAAUCAUCGCUUUUCUUG